CUCUGACUGGCUGGCGGCCCGGCAAAGUCCUUAUCAAAUUCUUGGAGGUGAUCCUGGUGCAGUCAGACAGUCCGCGCAGAUCUCGCAGCGCGCGGGGGGGUGGGCCGGACGCAGAGCAAAGAGAUCAGAGGGAAGGAGAGAGAAGGAAGCUGGGCAGCUCCUCGUCUUCCCCUUGGCGUCUCCAUGCCUCGGCACUGCUCCGGUGUCCUCCCCUGGCUCCGGGAGCAGUAACCAUGGCCGCAGUGGCCGUCCUCCGGAACGACUCCCUGCAGGCUUUCCUCCAGGAUCGCACCCCCAGCGCCUCUCCAGACUUGGCGAAGCACUCGCCCCUGGCGCUCUUGGCCGCCACCUGUAGCCGGAUCGGACAGCCGGGCACCGCCCCUUCGGAUUUCCUGCAGGUCUCCUACGACCCAGCUCUGGGAUCCCCAUCCAGGAUCUUCCACCCGUGGAGUAGCGAGAUGCCAGCCCAUUCCCCCGGGGGGCUCCCCCCUCCGCAUCCCAGCCUGGGGCUCACCCCCCAGAAGAGCCACCUGCAGCCUUCCUUCGGGGGCGCUCACGAGCUGCCCCUCACCCCCCCGGCUGACCCUUCCUACCCCUAUGAGUUCUCCCCAGUCAAGAUGCUCCCUUCCUCCAUGGCCGCCUUACCCUCCAGCUGCCCCCCGGCCUACGUCCCCUACGCCGCCCAGGCCGCCCUGCCUCCCGGCUACUCCAACCUGCUGCCCCCGCCGCAGCCCUGCAGGCAGCUCUCCCCCAACCCGGCCCCCGAGGACAUCCCCUGGUGGAGCCUCCAGCAGGCGGGGGCGCCUGGCGGCUGCAGCCACCGCUUCCCUGCCGCCGCCCUGCCGAGGAGCCUGGUGCUGGGCCCCUCGGACCUGGCCCAGUACCAGACGCAGAUCGCCGCCCUGCUGCAGACCAAGUCACCCCUGGCGGCCACGGCCCGGCGCUGCCGCCGCUGCCGCUGCCCCAACUGCCAGGCGGCGGCGGGAAGCGCCCCGGAGGCGGAGCCGGGCCGGAAGAAGCAGCACAUCUGCCACAUCCCGGGCUGCGGCAAGGUCUACGGCAAGACCUCGCACCUGAAGGCGCAUCUGCGCUGGCACACGGGCGAGCGGCCCUUCGUCUGCAACUGGCUCUUCUGCGGCAAGAGCUUCACGCGCUCGGACGAGCUGCAGCGGCACCUGCGGACUCACACGGGCGAGAAGCGCUUCGCCUGCCCCGAGUGCGGCAAGCGCUUCAUGCGCAGCGACCACCUGGCCAAGCACGUGAAGACCCACCAGAACAAGAAGCUCAAAGCCGCGGGCGACGGCGUGAAGCGGGAGGACACGCGGGGCCUGUGACCCGGGCCCGCCGCCCGGCCGGAGAUAUUGGGGACCUACCGCCCCGCCUGAGGGGCCCCCGCUCCCGGAGCCCUGUCCCGGGAGACUGGAGGACCUGCGAUGCGGGCCGCGCAGCCCUGGGAGGGGCGGGAGCCGCGCCUGCAUCCUUGGCCCUGGAGCCCUGUUCGGGGAGAGCUCUGGUUUUGCUGUCUUCUCCCAGGAGGUGCUCUAGCCCUGUGAGGGCGACCGAGGACCUGCUCCCGGCCCGGGAUGGCCUAAGGUCUGCACCCCGGUGCGGCUCUGGGAACUGGAGCCCUGCCCUGGAGGCUUACAGGGCCCCCCGGCGGCACUGCCCUAUAUACGUCCCAUUGUCCUGAAGAAGCCCUUGGACAAGUCCCCUUCUCUGGCUCCAGGGCAAAGAUGCGGGAAAUACGCGACUCCUUUACGCCUUGCUACUGGCAUCAGGAUCUUUCUGGCUGCUUCUCAGUGGGAGUGAAGUGCCAGCUGUUUCCAGCUCGCUGUCCCGCUCCCUUCCAGGGGGAGCUCUGGACGCAGGCUGGGCCACAGGGUCACUCCCCCACUUUGGAAACGGGGUUACUUACAAUGGUCUGCUCUAAGACAGUAAAUAGGAGCAGCAGCGUUAGUCUGGGGACCUGGCUCUUGGGUCCUCAUUUCUUUCAGGGGAAGAGACUGAACUUUUGUGUACAGGUUAUUUAAUAGCUUUGUUUGAAUAAAAGUGUUUUUCUUGUCCUUGGCUCCACGCGGGGGCUCCAGCAUGAGAUGUUUCUGUAAAGCGACCUGAAACUGCAGCGUGAAAAUAAAUACAUUAACACUGGGGUCACAUUGGGAAGAUCCCACUGAGUCGGUUUCAUUUGAUCUUUUCUUCCUUCUGAAGGCUUUACAAAACGCCGCAGUUUGAAAAACUAUUUUAUCGUUUAUUUAGUCUGAACAAAUGCAUCGGCCACAUUUAUUUGGUAAACACCCAACUGUUGCAAUAGCUUAAGCCACAAUCUGUUCUCCACAUUUCAUGCUCCCAGAUAUCUUUGCCAAAACAAGACAAAGUUUUCAUAGUAUUCCGUGGUAUUCUACAGUAAUAGAAGAAAGACUAACUUCCGCUGAGUGCACUUUAUCUAUAAUACGGAUGUUAGUCCAAAGUUUAGCAAUGUUUAACAUUAAACUUUAACAACAGAGUAUGAAUUCACAUUGAUUUAGGAAUACCAAUUGAGAACUUUGUAAAUGAUCUAAAACAUGGGGUCCUUUGGGCUGAUGCUGCGUUCACUAGUUCUGGUAAAACCAAGCCAUAGGCAUAAAGGGGGAACAAAAGAUGAAAAAAUAAUUAAAACUUCACAGAGCCGAUGGUACAAACUAUAUUCUGAAUCCGAGUAAAGGUGGGAAUAGUCACAGUUAAUACACCCUUCUUAUAUGAAAAGAAAUGCAUGACAGCAUGAUAUUGUGGUCAGCUUUAACUAGCCAUUUCCUGCCUUUUGUUGGGCUAUGUCACAGCACGAUUAAAAAUACUUUUGAUAUUUUAAUUUUCUUUUUGUUUAACCAUUGCACUAUUUUAGGGGUAGGGUAUAUACAAUGCUCCCUCUUCUAUCCAAGAGGCCAAAAUGACUGUCAAGUAACUUGAGUAAGUCAAGAUCAAGGGAUUUUUUUACACACAGUUAUACAUUUGAAAACUGGUAUUUACCAAUAAACUAAUACAGCUCCAGUUGAGGCAUUAUCAGUCAUGUAUGUAUGUAUUUAGGCACUGUAUACUGUUGCCAAAUGUCUUUUAAAAGUACCAUAGUUACUGUAUUUUACAUUAGGCAGUUUGCUAAUAAAAAAAUUAAAGUCAUUAUAAAAAAAAUCAAACCCAUCAGGAUCUUUGACUAAUCACUUGCUAAAUUUCACUUUUAAAAAUAGGGACUAAUAUAUUAACAAUUCUCUACUGGAUAUAAACAUAAACCUCCAUUAAUUAUAAAUAAAAUAGUCAAAGGUUCUUUAACAAAUUGGUCAAAAUUUGUUUUUAGGUUGAAUAUUACAUGUCAAAUUUCAGGCUCAAAUAGACCUGCGAAGUGGGUAUUGUAAUAGAAGUUCUGGGACAACCUUAAUUAUAAAUACAGAUAUUGGUUGCCAGACAGCUUUUAAUCAAGUGUUGGAGUUAGCAAUUGUAAAGAUAUUUAUAAUGUUUAAUGAUAGUAAAUGUAAAAUUGAUGGUGUUAUAUAUUUGUUAAGAUUUGAUCUCUCUAUGAAAAGAUUUCAAAAGUACUCCAGUGAACCUUAACAUCUGAAACACUUAGGAGUUCCUGUCUAGUUUGUAAUUCUCUGAAACUGCAUAUUACAUCUAUAGGAGAAUAUAUUCAUUUGUAUGAUCCUAAACUAAUUUCUGCAGCAAUAAUUUCAGGGUUAAAGUAUUAAAUUAACUAGAUAUAAUGAGCUAUUGGCUAUUAAAGAUUCUUGCAUAUCUACUCUAUAAUAUCUUAUAUGACAGAAAUAGUUUAGUUUUAAUGAAUGAAUGAAAUUCUGUUGCUAAAUAUACAUUUAGAUAUAACUGUAGGCUGCUGAUACUACUUAAUGACAUUAUUUAUAUUGUAAAGAAGAAAGCAACAAUAACAGGGAAAAUGAUAGGCAUACAGAGGGUCCAGAUCCAGAGGUCCUCACUCAGGUUACACUUUCACCGAGACAAGAUCAGGCCCUGAAUAUGUUAUCUAUGUAAUGAUUUUCAAUUUUAAAAGAUUUUCUGGUAUGAAAUGGCUUCUUCUCAUCCUUCCUUUCUUUGGAAUUAAGUCAUAUUAAGUGGUUAGUACAAUUAACUCAACCAGACAUAGAAAGCCUCAAAUUUAGCACUGGUUUAAAUAGGAAUUUGUUUCACAAAACAGGGAAAUGACCAAUUUUUAAAAAAUCAUUCAAUUCCAUGUACAAUUCAAUUCUAUUUGCAAAGGAAACGGACAGUGCUGUUGUUGAUAGCAAUAGGGAGAAAGGACGUAAAGUUUUACAGUGGAAAGCUCCACUCAAGAAAUAAUAUAAAGGACUUUGAUGUUGCCACAGUACAAUGGCCUUUUGCUGCUAAAAAAUGGCAAGACCAAAGUGAAGCACAAAUAUGAGAUGAAUUAACAUUGUUGUUGUUUUAUAGCAGGAGUUUGGUCUGUAAGAAAUGCAGAGAAGGGCUCCUAUCUGUGACAGUGUUCCAUUCCAAUGCAUUUAGCCUAUUAUACUAAACCAGGCUAACAUAAAUAGCCUGAUGAUCACUGAUGCAGCAGAGUGGCAGUUUCUAAACUAGAUCAUUAUAGAUAAAACUGUAUUCUAAUUGAAUUACAGCAUGGAUUUGAUCUGUAUCUAGCUAAUCAAAAGCCUUGCUAUUUGUAACUGUUCAUUUUUAUAAGUUUACUUUUUUAUAAUUAAAUUGGUCUUUAGUUAGCUGCCGUUCUUAUAUUUGUGGCUACUAAUCAGAUAUAUUACUCAGAGUGGGUGGGACACAUUAUUUCAUUUGGUAUAAUAUACUUGGGGCCUGAUCUUGCUUCCAGUGAAGUCAAUGGCAAAACUCCCAUUGACUUUGGUGUUGCAGGAUCAAGCUCAUAGUAAAAUGGCAUGUGCUGUUUUGGCUGGUUCCUGAAGACAAAACUGUUGAAGUAGAUAAAGUUUCUCUAUUGACUUAAUUGCUAGCAGGAUCAGGCCAUAGGACUUUCAAGUGGUAGAACAGGGCCAGAUAGUGCUAUCACUAUGUCAUUGGGGAUUUCUGCUAAAAAAAACAAAAACCCUGAAGGCUUGAUGUAGGCCAUACAUUUUACAUGGAUUGGUACCCACAUGUAAAACAGAAAAAUGCGCAAAUUAAAAAUAUAGAAAGUCAACUUUAACUGAAUGUUUGUCAGGACAAAUAUGCACUAAUUUAAAACUUUAUGUUAAUGCUACCUAAAAUCUUAAUCUGUGUGGUAAUCAAAAAACCCAAUCCAAAAUCUGAAAAUCUGGAAUCAGUGACAAAUGUAAAUAAUGAAGCUUCAAGAGUUAUGUAGAAUUUAACACUCCAAUGAAUUUUGUGAUAUAAGGAACAACACAUUGCAGUAACAUAUUGCAUACAUUUCUAGAAUUUAUUUCUACCUCAAAUUAUACACUACAAUAAAAGUAACUGUAUUAACUUUGCAUUCCUAAAAUACAUUGUGUACCUAUAAUUGCUUGCAAUCAACUAGCGGUUAGUUUUAUAAAAUUAAAUGCUUAAUAUUCUUUAAUUAUAAA